AUGUAAUGAUCUUUUGCUGCACUGGCGCUCUCUUAGCCCCACUCAUAAAAUAACAGUCACUGAAAGCAAUGAAUGUGACAGCGGUCACCUGCUAGCUAACACCAACUUUGGCUAAUAGCGUUAGCUUGUGUGGCUGACUUUGCAUGUCACAGCACGGUUCUGUACAAACUAGUUACCUGCGACUAAAAGCAGGUAACCAGUAACAGGUUAACCUGUGGACACGCGUUUUUAAACAUUACCCAGAAAUACACGUUAGCUAUAUAGCACGUUAGUUUUUUUAGUCAGGCUUGUUACAAUUAGCUGUCCAACGCCUCUGACUUAUUAAAUGCUCUGUUUGUUUUUGAGGCUUGUAAAAAUUAAAUAAAUUGAGCUGCUGAAUGACGCCGCACUUACCUGAGCUUUCAGCACUGGAAACACCUGAGUGCCGCUGGUUCACACUGCUGUCGGUGAGCCGUCUGUGCUCUGUGAUCAACACAGGAUGUCCGCAGGUCUUCAAAAGUCAGAAGAAGCACAAAGUUCAGCUCCUCCAGAAUCACUUCUUACCAGGAUGAGCUGUCACGACAAUCACACCGCUCCAAUGAGGGUGUUGGUGACAGGAGGGUCCGGGUUGGUGGGCAGGGCCAUACAGCAUGUGGUCAAAGAGGAGGGGGGAGCCAAGGAGGGGGAAGAAUGGAUAUUCCUCUCCUCUAAAGAUGCCAACCUCAUGAACAUGGAGGAGACACGGGCAGUGUUUGAGAAACAUCGGCCAACCCACGUCAUCCACCUGGCUGCUAUGGUUGGAGGGCUUUUCAAGAACAUGAAGUACAACCUGGACUUUUGGAGGAACAAUAUCUACAUCAAUGAUAACGUGCUGCAGGCAGCACAUGAAGUGGGUGCCGUCAAGGUGGUGUCGUGCCUGUCCACCUGCAUCUUUCCGGAUAAGACCACCUAUCCUAUCGAUGAGACCAUGAUCCAUAAUGGCCCUCCUCAUGAGUCAAACUUUGGCUAUGCCUAUGCAAAGAGAAUGAUUGAUGUUCAUAACAGGGCGUAUUUCCAGCAGCAUGGGCGCUGCUAUACAGCCGUGAUUCCCACUAAUGUGUUUGGUCCUCAUGACAACUUCAGCAUUGAGGAUGGUCACGUGCUGCCAGGCCUCAUCCACAAAGCAUACACUGCUCAAAAGGAGGGGAAGCCCCUGGUGGUCUGGGGCUCUGGCACUCCCAGGAGACAGUUUAUUUACUCUUUGGACUUGGCUCGUCUCUUCCUGUGGGUCUUGAGAGAAUAUCCAGAGGUUGAUCCAAUCAUUCUCUCCGUUGGAGAGGAAGAUGAAGUGUCCAUCAAAGAAGCAGCAGAAGCAGUUGUUCAGGCUUUAGGCUUUAAAGGAGAAGUUGUAUAUGAUACCAGGAAAGCAGAUGGCCAAUUCAAAAAGACGGCCAGUAAUGCAAAGCUGCGUCACUACCUGCCAGACUUCACCUUCACACCCUUCACACAAGCUUUAAAGGAAACCUGUGAUUGGUUUGUUGCCAAUUAUGACACUGCCCGCAAGUGAAAACUCAGCAUAACGAGUUGGCACAAAGUCUGUGGAUCCACGGGCCGUUCUGAUGGAAGAGACGAUGAUUAGAGGAGAUGGUUGUGAUGGCAAAGGGACAGUGAAAGGGCUGGAAGAAAACAAGGCUGGUUCAUCUGCACAGACAGAAGUCUGUGGGUUUGAUUCUGCCACUCCUGUCUUUGCACUCAGUGAGCUGGAUGCUCAGUGCAUACCUGUAACACCAUACUGUAAUAUGUUGUUGCAGACAUGGUUUUCUUUAAGUAUAAUAAAGAAUCUAUUGUAAUUGUAGGCAUAGUAUUCUACGACCUGUGUGUAGAAUUUUCAGGGUUUUAUUCACUACGGUAGUGUUAGCCAUCUGAAUCGUUAAUUGACUGCUUCAAUCUUUAAUCCAGGUGCUGGCACAACUUGUAAUUUCAGUAACUGUCUAUCUAGUACAAACUUUUUUUCAGCAGUACAAAUUGCCCUCAUUAUUGAAGGGUUUGGGAUUUAGAAAUUUAAAUGACUUGGCCUUGGUUCACUUUAUUUAACAACCAGAAUACAGGUUAUGGUAUGAGGUGUUUAAUUUGGUGGUUUGGAUGUUUUUUGUUUUUUUGUUUUUUUACUCAGAAUGUUGCCACUGAGCAAAAUAAAUGUUUUAUAUUGUUACAA